AUCUCGCAUCCAUUGUGCUCCCUGAUUAUGAGUAAAUAACGCGCGGAUGGGUUGUUCCUACGGAUUCCGCAGUAUAUUUGACAGUUUCAAUGGUGAUCAGUUCCACCCACCCACCCACCCCGUGUUCAUUUUCCUUCUGCGCUUUUCUCCCCACCUUAUUUUGCGAGAGCUAAAAUUAUUGAAUAGCAGUUACGCAGUCGUUUUUAUCUUUCAAAUCUCUGUUGUUCCCAACAUGAGCGCUGUUGCCGGAGUGGCCGUUCUUGCCAUGUUUUAAAACACACAGUUACGUAAGGAUGCCCUUCUUCAACGAGGGCCUGCCUUUCCCUUAAUACCACUGCUGGCCUUGCCAGUGUUUGCGUGGUAAGGGUGCGCCAGGGAAACCAUCUGUUGGAAGACUGGGCACUCAGCGAGGGAGCUGAACCAGGCCCCUGAACUGGAUUAUUGUGUGGCAUUAAAAUGCACGUGUGAGCACAAAGGAGAGAAUGGCUACAAAGAACAGCGUGGGCUCCUCCGAGGUUCAGGGGUGUCUGAGGCCAAUCUAAUAUCAACCUUAAGAUGAGUGGCUGCCGUGUCUUUGUUGGACACUUGAGCUCACGUGCUCGUGAACGGGAUGUAGAGAAAUUCUUCAAAGGAUAUGGCCGCAUACGAGAAAUCCAUCUGAAAAAUGGAUUUGGAUUUGUGGAAUUUGAAGACCACAGGGAUGCUGAUGAUGCAAUUUAUGAACUAAAUGGUAAAGAGUUGUGUGAUGAAAGGGUCACAAUUGAACAUGCUCGAGCCCGAAGAGGAAGGGGGAGAUUCUCACAACGGUUCAGUUACUACCAGUCACAGAGUGGAUCUAGCCGGUAUGGACCUCCUGUUCGUACUGAACACAGGAUCAUUGUUGAAAACCUUUCAUCCCGUAUCAGCUGGCAGGACCUGAAAGACGUCAUGAGAAAGGCAGGGGAGGUCACCUAUGUGGAUGCACACAGAAACAACAGGAAUGAAGGGGUUGUGGAGUUUGCAUCUUACAGUGACAUGAAGAGUGCACUGGAGAAAUUGGAUGGCACUGAGCUGAAUGGACGCAGAAUUAAACUGACUGAAGACCACAGAAGGCAUAGGAGCAGRUCUCGAUCAAGGAGUUACUCAAGAUCUCGCAGCAGGUCCAGGUCUACAGGAUCUUCCAGAUCGGACAGCCGGUCCAGGUCCCGGUCAAGGUCCAGGUCCAGGUCCAGGUCUCGCUCUCGAUCCCGAUCUCGCUCUCGAUCCCGCUCUCGUUCUCGCAGUCGUACUCCUAAAAAGAGUUACUCCCACAAAAGCCACCGCUCCAGCUUGAUAGCUUCUUCCCCCUCUCCCUCUUCUUCUAAAAGAAAAUCUCGUUCUAGGUCGAGCUCUGCUCAUAGCCGUAGUUAACCUGCUCUGAGAGAUGUGUUAAUGCAUUUAAUUUGAUUCAAGUUUCUUGAAGACUUGAGACAAAUUAUAUAUGAGAACUGGGAGGGGAAGAGUUAACAUGAUGAAAGGGUGACCUCCUCUUACAUUGCCAAAGUGCCUGUCAUCAAAUAGGCCAUCUCUGUGAGGAGGGGCUGGCUGUCAGCUUUCUUCUUUCAGUGAAGUCUGGAGUGGGAAGUCUUUUUUUUAUUUUUUUCCCUGCUAUUAGUAAACAUUUCUAUCAUAGAUAUAUUAUGUACACAUAAUGCUGAGGUAAUGGGAUGAGACAAUACGCUGCUUUCUCCCUCUUUUGCCCCCACUUUCCCCUCCACCUCCAAGGCCUUUGACUUCCAAAAUACUAUGUUAGCUUUUGUCCUUGGUAUUAAGUCCGAGAACAGGAAGUAUAGAUUUUAUUCCUUUUAAGGUUCUGUGGCUACUUUUCUGUGCGAGAAUGAAUGGACCAGAUGAAAUUAGUUUAGAGUUCCCCUUUUUCCCCAUUGCUUGGCUUAACAGGCUGUUUAAGUUCCAGCUUUACAUGACCUUGACAAUAUGCUUAAUUUGCAAAAGACUUUCAGGAAUACACAUUCGUUAGUUGAAUAUUGCUCACUUUGAUAAUUAAUACAAUGUUAAGCAGUAAUGAAAGCUGGAAUUUUCUGUUAAAAUGAGACAUACCAUCCAUAUGUCAGGAUUAUUGGGAAUCCAUUAUAAUAAUUUUACCGUAAUUCACUAGUAUGUGGUAUUGUAUGUAUAGGCCUUAUUUGACAGGUGACUUCAUAAAACUGCACAGAAAUGUCAAUAUGCAUGUCCAUGUUUUUGAUGUUUAUAAAAGUGACAUAGCUUUCAUACCCCAAAGUGUGAUACUGAAUAACAUGUGUAUGACUAGCAAUAGUCUUGAUGGAAAGGAAGGUUAUUUUAGUAAUGAGAGCAGCAAAAAAAAGUCCCAGGAAAAGUGUCGUCAAAAUCUCCAGAAUGCACAGUUGUUUUGAUUAGUAGAAAUUUCCACUGCAGAUGCUGUCGUUCUUACAAUUUGGAAUUAGAUUUUUUUUUUAACUUCUGUAUCAUUAAAGAAGGGAAACAUUUUUGGAAAAAAAUAUGUAAAUUAAUCCCAAAGUCUUACGUGUAUUUAAAUGUACCAUUCCUAAUAAAAUCAAACCUUUUUCUGGCUUA